CUGGUCACAAACGCCUCCCAGGCAGAAAUCGUCUCUCUAUUCGCCUAUAACGUCCACGUAAGCGGCGCUCCGAGGAUAUUUUGGUUGCGAGAAGCCGGCGUUUGGUGGUGCUGCUGGUGGUUGUUGUUGGUGCUGCGACUGCGGCUGCAGGGAAUGGUUUGAGGCAGAGAAUCUCGCUCCGUCUCCCGUUAGCGAGGCCCCUGUCCCUCUGUCUGGUCGUCGAGAAAUCAUGGAUUGCAAAUUUGUAUGACUGCCAAUAAUGACUUCACAGCUGACAUUUGAAACCUGAAACGACAAUUGAAACAUCACAAAAAUACAGCAUUUUUCAGUGAAGAUAAGAUGGCGAAUGUAAUUCCUCCCGUGAAGCUGAAGUGGCUGGAACAUCUCAAUGGCUCUUGGGUACUUGAAGACAGCGAGUCCAUCACCACACGAGAAGGGGCAUCUGCCCUUUAUGACCGACUCUUAGCUAAUAAGGAAGUUGUUGCGCUACCACAACAGGUGAUGAGGCUGAAAGGCCCCCAACUGCCAGACUUUGAGCGGGAGUCGCUGUCGAGUGAAGAGCAGGAACACUACCUGGGAGCACUGCUUGCCAGCCAACUGGCCCUCGCCAAGACUGUAUGCUCAGACUCGCCCUUCGCCGCCACCCUGCGGCAGCGCCUCCUCGUACUGCAACGCAUCUUCUAUGCGCUCGCCAGCAAGUACCACGACCGGGGACGUGCCCGCCAGCAACAAGCGUCUGCUCCAGAGGGUGGCUCAGGCCCCGGUGAUGCAGGGAGUGCAAGCGAGAGGCAACGAUCAGGAACCGAUGCGCUCAUCGAGAUGGGAGUGAAGACGGGCCUCAGUCUGCUGUUUGCGUUGCUGCGUCAGAGUUGGCACUUGCCUUCCCAGGCACCAGUCGCACUGCCAGGUCCAAACCCAAGUUUGUGCAAUGAUGUGCUAAGCACAGCAGUAGAAGUACUAGGGUCUCUACCACCCCUCUCCCUGGCCAAUGAGAGCAAGCUCCCACCUAUGGGGCUGGAUUGCCUGGCUCAGGUGACUGCCUUUCUCAAGGGAGUUACAAUGGCAUCGUCGGGCGCUGACGUGCUUGGCCGCCGCCUGGCCUGUGAACUGCUGUUGGGGCUGGCAGCCCAACGGGGCUCCCUGCGCUAUCUACUAGAGUGGAUUGAGAUGGCCUUGGCAGCCUCUGGAGGGAAAGUACCUGAUGUUGACUCAACUAUGGCCGCCACCACAACAGCUGCUACCACUUCCACAACUGCAGCUUCCACAGUCUCCUUGGAGCCUGCACAUCAAUCGAUGAGUCUGGAGGGCAUGAUUGGAUACGACUGCUUCAUGAGUGUGCUCACACAAAUGAGGCGCUCCAUGGGUACAUCCUCUGAGCACAACCAGUGGAGAGAGCCCAAACGAACCCCUGAUGGCCUCUGCUGUCUCUACCAGGCUGCAAUGUGUUUGUUUGAGGAGGUUUGCCAAAUGGCAUCGGACUACACACGCUCCUGUGUGAAUGCGGACGGGGGGCAGACCGGUGACAGCCCCGUUGUUUCGGAGACCAGCGAGGUGUACGUGUGGGGCAGCAACAGCAGCCACCAGCUUGCUGAAGGAGCCCAGGAGAAAAUCUUGCAACCCAAGAUGGCAUCAGGCUUUGCCAAUGCACAAACGAUUGAAGCGGGUCAGUACUGCACAUUCGUCAUUGCAGUCGACGGGUCGGUGCGAGCCUGUGGAAAGGGCAGUUAUGGACGUUUGGGAUUGGGUGACUCCAACAACCAGUCGACACUCAAGAAGUUAACCUUUGAGCCUCAGCGCGCCGUCAAGAAGAUCUCGUCAUCCAGAGGCUCCGAUGGUCAUACACUGGCUGUAACCAUGGAAGGAGAAGUGUUUAGCUGGGGUGAUGGUGACUAUGGAAAGCUGGGCCAUGGCAAUAGCUCAACGCAGAAGUACCCCAAGCUGAUCCAAGGGCCACUGCAGGGCAAGGUGGUGGUGUGCGUGUCUGCUGGCUACAGGCACAGUGCGUCUGUCACGGAGGAUGGGGAGCUGUACACAUGGGGAGAAGGGGACUUUGGCAGACUAGGACAUGGAGACAGCAACAGCCGGAACAUCCCUACCCUGGUGAAGGACAUUAGUAACGUGGGGCAAGUCGCGUGCGGCAGCUCCCACACAAUUGCUGUGUCGCAGGAUGGACGUAUUGUCUGGUCCUUUGGCGGAGGAGACAAUGGGAAACUUGGUCAUGGAGAUACAAACAGAGUGUACAAGCCGAAGGUCAUCGAAGCCUUGCAAGGGAUGUUUAUUCGCAAAGUUUGUGCGGGUAGCCAGUCGUCUCUAGCGCUGACAUCCACUGGCCAGCUCUAUGCAUGGGGUUGCGGGGCCUGCCUUGGCUGUGGCUCUUCAGAGGCGACUGCCUUGCGACCAAAGCUCAUUGAAGAUUUGGCAUGCACACGCAUCGUGGACAUCUCCUGUGGGGACAGCCACUGCCUGGCACUUACCCAUGAUAACGAAGUGUACGCAUGGGGUAACAACUCCAUGGGACAGUGCGGGCAAGGGCAUUCAACCAGCCCUGUGACCAAGCCCAAGAAGGUGAUGGGCAUGGAUGGGAUUUCUGUACAGCAGAUCUCAGCUGGCACCUCGCACAGCUUGGCAUGGACUGCUCUGCCUACAGACCGGCAAGUGGUUGCCUGGCACCGACCAUUUUGCGUGGACCUGGAGGAAAGCACCUUCUCACACCUGCGCUCCUUCCUGGAGCACUACUACGACCGCAUCAACAGCGAUGUUCCACCCACUCCUUUUCCUACAUCAAGAGAGCAUCACCACUUCGUACUGCUGUGCCUCAAGUUGCUGUCCACCCACCUGUCGCUGGCCAUGGCAGGUGGGGUGGCCACCAGUAUCUUGGGGAGGCAGGCAAGGCCCCUCCGUAACCUGCUGUUCCGACUCAUGGACUCCUCGGUGCCCGACUCCAUCCAGGAGGCAGUUAUUGAAACCCUGUCUGUGGGUGCCUCCAUGCUACUGCCCCCACUGCGAGAGAGGAUGGAGCUCUUGCACUCACUGCUGCCGCAGGGCCCUGCCAGAUGGGAGAGUCUGUCCAAGGGACAGAGGAUGCAGCUGGAUAUAAUCUUGACCAGCUUGCAGGAUCACACUCAUGUGGCCUCACUCCUGGGCUACAGUGCUCCAGCAGACCCCAUUGAAGGCCCAUCACCUGGCCCUAGUCCCACAGAUACUGACCUCCCUCACACGGGUCAGCCCGACACUCACCUUGCCGAAGUGCUCAUGAAGACGCUGCUUCGCAAUAUGGGCUUCUACACGGAGCAAGCAUUUGGAGAGCUGGAGAAGAACAGUGACAAGCAGAAUGCCGAGAUGUCGCCUUCCGACAGCAACCCACCUGCCCAUCUCCAUGAGCUUCUGUCUUCCCUUCACAAGCAGUUGCUGGCCUACUGCCAUGUCAACAAUGUUGCCGAGACGUCCAGCAGCGUGGCCCUCCUGCACAAGCAUCUGCAGCUGCUGCUUCCUCAUGCAGCAGAGAUCUUCGCACGCUCGGUGUCCCUGUUGAGGGAGACUCCCCGCAAUGGCAGUGUGAGGGACAAGUUGAGAGAUGUAUUAUAUAGCUCGGCAGCGGGCAGCAUGCUGUGCCAGAUUGUGAACUCGCUGCUGUUGCUCGCGGUGCCUGUGGUGCGGCCACUGCUGAGCCAUCUGUUGGAACUGCUGCCUCCACUGGACCGCCUCAAUCGCCUGCUGCCAGCUGCCCAUCUACUCGAGGAGCAAGAGCUGGAGUGGCCAAUGCAUGGUUCAUGUGAGCGGGUGGAGCCUGUUGGACCAUCUCUGGGUCAGCCAGCGCAAGUGUGGGUGUGGCUUGUGGACCUGGAGAGGACCAUCUCUCUGCUGGUGGGCCGAUGCCUCGGGGGCAUGCUGCAGGGUCCAUCAAACACCCCAGAGGAGCAGGACUGCGCACACUGGCUGUUCAGCCUGCUCUUCAGUAAUGGCCUGGAUAUGAACAUUGUGCAGUUUGACAAAUGCAUGAACUCUCUAACGGAGGCAGCACUUUCGGGCAAUGAGGAGCACAAGCCGUUUGAGUACAGGCUGUCAGCUGAUGUCUCCCUUCUCGUGGACCUGGCCCUUGGCUCCACCAAAGAACCAGCACGCAGCCUUUGGGUCAAAAUGCAAGACUACGCACUGAGCAGGGACUGGGACAGCUCCAACCUUAGCAGUGAACCUCUACUGGACACAGUGUCGAGGUUCGCUCUCGCUGCUUUCCUCAAGCACACUGGGCAGCUCAAGACUGCAUGCCAAGACCGGUUUCAGCCCAACCGACUGAUUUCAGAAGUCUACUCCUGCGUUUACAAACUCCGCAAUCGACUCUUGGCUCAACGCAAUAUUGAGCUGAUUAACCCGCGUUCCAGAGCAUCGGAAAGAUUGAAGCUGCUCUCGUACAAUUCAGAUGGUGGUGAGGACGAGGGCCAGGAUGGGCCCCUUGCUCAUACUCUGGAUGAAGAGACGGAGCUGGAGGAACGGCUGGAGCGCGAGCGUGAGCAUGAGCAGCGGGAAGGACAGGAGGAAGAAGAGGAAGAGAGGGAUGACACUCUGACGCCUGGCAAAGUUUUUCAAUGUUUCCUAUCAGCACGGGAUGCGGCUCGAACGCGAGAACGAGAACGCGACAGGGAGCGGGAGAGGCUUGGCGUUGGGAGUUCAAAUUCCCCAGCGCUAGACGAGCAGUCCGAGGACCACAACCAACCGUCGGUGGGGCCGCAGUCAAGCCAAGCGACCAAGAGAAAGAGCUCGGGCGUUGGGUUUGAGGAGUUGGAUAUUUUCACACUGGCAUGCAACACGGUUAUCCAGCGGUGCGCCUUGCUUAUUCUGGCGGUGAGCCCCGCUGUGAGGGACUGCCAGAGUAGAGAAGAAGACCUGCCCGGACAAGGUGGUUACAUUGGCAACCUAGGAGGACUUUCACCAGAGGACAUCGAUGCUCGUGGCAGGAGCAGUUCUCAGCCAGGCCGGGCCAGGAGAGAGUCUGAUUCUGAUGAUGAUGCAUAUACAAGGGAUUCUGAGCGUGGAUUUAGAGAAGAUUCUGAAAUGACUUCUAAAACUACUCAGCAGAGGCAUGAUUCUGAGAUCGCCUUGCAAGAGGCACGCAGGCAGCAGCAGCAACAACAGCAGCGUUACCUGGGCAGAGAUAAGGCAAUUGGUGCCCGGGGCCGCCCCUCAGAUGGCCAGACGCUGGUUGAGACCCUGUCUGGCUUCAUCACAGGAGACCUGGCUCAGUCGCCUGGCCUUCGUGAGCCUGAGGAAGGCCGUUCCAGCAACCCACACCUGCUGGCCAUCGCUAUGGAGCAGCAACAAACGCGAGCAGAGCUGCGUGUGGAGGCAUUGCACCAAAUCCUCACUCUGAUUGCUGGGAUGGAGGACAAGGAUUGCCAGCCAUCGGGGAGGAGUGAGCAUGGUACCCCUAUGUCACCUGGUUUCCAAUCGGCUGCCCUGCUAACGUCUGUCCGCCUGCAAUUUCUUGCCGGCUGUUUCGGCCUAGGCGUGGUCACCUCAAAUAGCCUGGAGGGAGACAGCGUACAGCUCCAUCACUACCAGGAUGGAAUUACAGCAGCGAAGAGACAUACUCAAACAUUAAUUCAGUCUUUGGUUCACAAGAUCUACCAGCAUCUCGCUGCUGUGCUGGAUCGUGGCUUGCAGACCAACCGGCAUCCAAUUGGUGCACAGCAGCGUCUACAGCUCGUCACAGUGUUUGCACUGAGCAUGCGUUACCAGCCUGUGGAUGUGUCACUGGCUGUGUCCACUGGACUUCUGGGCAUCCUUUCGGAGCUGUGCGGUACUGACAUGUCUCUGGGUCAGCCUUGGCUCCUCAUCCACAAGCCAGGCCUUUCUCAAAUUGGCACAGCGCUCAAGGUAGCCAGCACCAGGCUGCUGCAGAUCCUGGCCAUCACCACAGGCACCUACGCAGACCGGCUGAAUCCCAAAGUGGUACAGAUGUUGCUCGACCUGCUGUGUAGCCAGUUGAAGAAUCUCCUUACCCAAGCAGAGGGGGUGUUCACAUCUGGUGCUGACAAGGGGCAAGAAUGGGCAGCGGACACUGUUCAUAAUGUGUCUGUCGAAUCCUGCACACCCAAGAGCAUUCACACCGCCGAGAUCCAGCUUGGGGACUUCCUGGUUUUUCUGCGGAGAGUCGUGUGCUCCAAGGCUAUUCAGUCCAAGAUGGCCUCGCCAAAAUGGACAGAAGUGCUCCUGAACAUCGCCGCUCAGAGGCGGCCCUCAGGGGUGCCCUUGGUGGGGAAUCUCCGCACCAGGCUGCUGGCGCUGCACAUGUUGGAGGCCGUCCUUCCCGCCUGCGAAUCGGUCAUCAACUCGGAACUAAUGCAGCAGGUUGUGGAGCGGUUGUUCUCGCUGCUGGCAGACUGUAUGUGGGAGCUGCCACUGGCGCUGUCAAAACAUCCAGCUGCCAGCAAGGACAGAGAGUCUGAGCUAAAACUGCUGCACAAACCCCGAGAGGUAAGCGGGGAGGAUGAAAACUUGCCCAUUCAAGAGGUCACUUUUGACCCCGAGAAGACCAUGUGCUGCACGGUGGAAAAUGGCACCGUGCUGGCUCACGGUAGCGGGGGCAAGGGUUACGGCCUCGCGUCCGCUGGAAUUUCCUCUGGCUGCUACCAAUGGAAGUUUCUUAUUGUAAAGGAGAACCGUGGAAAUGAGGGGACGUGCGUCGGGGUCUCCCGCUGGCCUGUUCGUGAUUUUAACCACCGCACUACUUCAGACAUGUGGCUGUACCGUGCGUACAGCGGCAACCUCUACCACAGCGGGGAACAUACACUCACCCUGCCCAGCUUCACACAGGGCGACCUCAUCACGUGUGUAAUGGACACAGAGGCUCGCACCAUCUCCUUCGGCAAGAAUGGAGAGGAGCCCAAGCUUGCAUUUGAGGAUGUGGAUGUGACUGAACUCUACCCAUGCAUCAUGUUUUACAGCAGUAACCCUGGUGAAAAGGUCAAGAUUUGUGAGAUGCAAAUGCGUGGGACCCCGCGAGAUCUGCUGCCCGGUGACCCCACCUGUAGCCCAGGCCCUGUGGUUCUGUCCGAAGCCACGGUACAGCUGGUUCGAGUGCUGCACCGUACAGACCGCUGGACCCACUCCAUCAAUCGGCAUCUUACAGAGCGCUUGCAGCGUGUGCGGCCCUGCCUUGCAGCUACCACCUCCAGGGUUUGCAAAUCUCGAUCGGGCCGCACCCUCCCAAGGUCUGACUCGCAGUGCCGAGAAGAUGUUGAGGAAGGUGCCGAACUGGAACAGGACGUGCUGGGGAAGGAGACCGAGUCGUCUGAUGAACAGCAGCAGCAGCAACAGCAGCAGCAGCAUCCCAACCGCCAAUGCCGCUCCAGCCCCGGAGAGCUCUCGGAUGAGCAGCUUCGCACGCUGUGUGUGGAGGUGUGGCCCGUGCUCGCUGUGAUGGGUGGUGUGGACUGCGGCCUGCGCCUCGGUGGCCGCUGCGUGCACAAGCUGACGGGACGUCACGCCACGCUGCUGGGUGUUCUCAAAGAAGGCAGUGCCUCUGCCAAGGUUCAGUGGGAGGAUGCGGAGGUCACAAUCAGUGUGCUGAAUUCUUGGUCACCCAGCGACACUCCUCUGGCCAAUCUGGAGCCCUGCGAGCCGGUUCCUUUUGAUGCCGGCCGCUUGCACGGUGUGUCUGCGUCCACGCUACUGGACCUCACGCACCUCACGGGAAUCCAAGAGGACUUGGGUCUUUCUGGCGGGAAAAGUGUAAAGGGCCCUUCAGGCGGUGGAAGAAGGUCCGAUCGGAGGCCACCUCCCCGUAAGCAGGAAUCCCAGGAGAAGGCUGAGCUCGAUCAAACAUUGGACGAGGAGCCAACGCAAACCUUGGUUGAAGAUGGGGGAGAGAGUGCAGAAGUGAAAGCUGCAGACCUGCAAACUGAUGGACAGCAGUUGGCCACCUCGGAAGCCACCAACGUACCAAUGGUCAAAUCUCCAGAAGCUGCUGCCAUUAGUACAUUUGAAGUACAUAAAAAGAAAUGUCACGAUUCAUGCAAGAGUCAUGAAGCUGAGAUUCGUGCCGUGCAGAUUUCUUUUCUGUGCCUGGGUGCAAUGAAAGCAUUGAGUGUCCUGCUAAGCUGUGGUCGGUACGCAGAGCUGCUGCUUGUUCCCAAGGCAUGCCCAGAUGGAGGGAACCACAAUGCAGACCGUGGUGGUAUGAGCCCCUCGGGAGGCCAGUCUGGGCACGAAGAGACUGAGCUGAGGGCUUCCCUGCAGGCGUUGAUGCGCAGUGUGGUGCGUCGUGCCGUGUCGCGAUCCCCAAUCAAGUGGGCCAUCUCACUGGGUGAGAUGGAGCGUGCUCAGUCUGUAAUCCACAAGCUGGCAGUCCGAGGAUUGUUGGAGGAGCGCUUGGGUUUCCGCAACAGACAAGAGUUUAAUGCAGAAGAUGGUGGUUCGGCUCCCAUGACUGGACAGACGCCAGUCACCACCAGCCCAUCCAGCUCCAGCACCACAUCCCUCAUGAGCAGCUCUCUGGAGGACACCACGACCGCCACCACGCCCGUCACGGACACCGAAGCUGCUCUCAUUCCUGAAUUGCCAGGACCAAACAUGAUGCAGCAUGCUAGGAAUGCCGCGUUCCAGAGCUACCAGCUGCCCCUUGGUCCUCCGCACCCUGCCCGGCGUGCACAGACGCCGCCACCUCUCUCGCCUGCAACGGCCAGCUCCCAACCAACGUCCCCGUCCGAGGAGACCUACCGCCGGCAGAGCCUUACGACCUCUGAGCCGCAGCACAACCGCCAGCCUACAAGGACAGCAUCAUCAGACCCCAGCAGCCGGCAGUCUUGCUCCCCUCCCCCACCACCAGUUGCCGUGCCACUUCUGGAGAUGGGAUUCCCACUGCGCCACAUUCAGCGAGCCAUGGAGGCCACAGGCACCCGAGGAGAUGCAGACACACAGAAUGUUACCCUGCUGGCCACGUGGAUGCUUGAGCACCCAUAUAUGGAGGACGAAGAGACCACCUCGGCUGCAUCGCUGCCUAGUCCUGGCACGGCGGGGGCGUCUGGGGGUCCGGGCUUGUCUGGGGCGGCCUCAACUGCUGCCACAAACCCCAAAACGGCAGAGCGCAACACGACUCGAGGCAUGUCCACCAGUGAGACGGCCGAGCUCGAGGAGGGCUUCAGUGAGAGUCCGUUCGACCAGGUGGAGAGAGGCAGCAUGCUGGGUAUUCCUCUGACACGGGUCAGGCCGCCUCCAGCACGCAGACACCGGCUCAACCUGGCUGCGCGCACUCUGCUCGCACGUGCGGCAGGCAUUUACCGCUCGGCGCGAGGUGAGACUGUGAGUGGCAGCGGCACCGGCGGUGGCAGCAGCGCAGCAAACAGCGGUGCACCUGCACGUGAGGGCGUGACGGCCCCGCAGCGAGGUGACCAAGGCUCGCUCUACGACAUGAGCCUGGAUGAGGAGCUGGACCUAAGCCUUGAUGAGGAAGCAAUGGAGGAGAUGUUUGGUCAGGAUCUGGCCAGUGAGAGCGAGCUGCUGGGGAUGUGGUUCCCGGAGGUACUGGAUUGGCCGACUUGGCACGUGCGCGAGCUGGACGACCCUGAAGAAGUGCUCUGCGAGCUCUGCGACAUCACGACGCCCACGUUCAACCAACACAUGCGGCACCACCACGCUGGCUGUGGGGGCAGUGCUGAACGGCAGGGCUACCGCAGCAACGGCUCGUACGUGGAUGGCUGGUUUGGAGGGGACUGCGGCACUGGCAAUCCCUACUACCUGCUUUGCAGCCGCUGCCGAGCCAAAUACCUCGCUCGCAAGAGCAAAAAGGGGCUCUCUGGCUCAGGAAGUGGUAAGGGUCGAGCUCUGGACCUAAUUGGCAAGCAGGAGAGUCUCUAUGAAGAAGAUUGGGACCUACUGGAGGUAGAUGAGGAUGACCGCCUCACAGGGCUGGAGGAUUUUGACUUGCUGGCUGCCCCGCUUGGCCUCAAUGAGAGGAAGAUUGUCCCAGAUCCGGUUCAGUUCCCUGACAGUGACCCCCUGGGUGCAUCUGUUGCAAUGGUCACUGCCACAAGCGGCAUGGAAGAGACGCUGAUGCAGAUAGGAAUCUUGGGCUCUGUUGAAAAGCAGACCUCUAGCCGCGUGUCCCUGGGGGAACAGGCAGUGAUUCUGCGUGACCCUCAUGAUCGCAUCCUUGCCCUCAAACGUGUGACUGCUGCAGCUCAGAUCUUACUGGCUCGAACUAUGGUCAUGAGGACACUGUCUCUCCUUUCCGUCAGUGGCUCGGCAUGCAGCUUGACGGCAGGGCUGGAGGCCCUGGGCCUCACGGACAUCCGCACGUUGGUGCGCCUCAUGUGCCUUGCGGCCGCUGGAAGGGUGGGCCUGACCACCAGUAGCCCCAGCAGCAGCGCUGAGCACCUGCCGGACGGUUGCAGCAUCAUCAGCUCCAAGAUGCACAAGCCCAUCUCCUGCCUGGCGUAUCUCAGCUCUGCCAUCGGCUGUCUCGCUUCAAACAGCCCCAGUGCAGCCAAGCUGCUUGUUCAAUUGUGCACACAGGAUCUGAUUUCGGCAGCAACGGGAAUGAACCUGGCGAUGAUUGAAGAUCCAUCUCAGCGCAAGCGACUGCCCAGCUUUCUGCGUGGUCCAGCAGAGGAGAAUAAGCCUGUGGCCUCGCCAAACUUUGUUGUCACUCAAGCCCUAGUUGCACUUCUUGCUGAAAGAGGUGCCAAGCUGAGACCAGGACCUGACAAGGAGGAGGAAGCCAAAGGUCCUCUGGAGCUGGCGAACGCGCUGGCUGCCUGCUGCCUGUCUGCGCGUCUAUCGUCGCAGCACAGGCAGUGGGCUGCCCAGCAGCUUGUGAGAGCUCUGGCCGCCCAUGAUCGAGACAACCAGACCAGGCCGCAAACCUUUGCAGACAUGACUGGGGACCUGCGCAAAUGCCCCCAGAUGAAGCUUGAAGCUCAUCAAAACAGAGUGACGAGCUGCUGCUGGAGCAACAAGAAGCAGCUCCUGGCUACGAGCGGCAAUGAUGGGACUGUGAGGAUUUGGAGCGUUUCCAAAAACCAGUACACGCUUCAGCAAACCUGCGUCUUUCACAAACUUGAUAAUGAGGCGGAGGAGAGUGCCAGUGGCCUGGGGUCCCCGAGUGACCCACACCUCUCCCAGGUCUGCUGGAGUGUCAGCGGAAAAUAUAUUGCUGCUUCUCUGGACAAGACUGUCAACAUCUGGCCCGUCAAUGGUGGCCGUGGCCACGUGGAUCUACAGCCCUACUGGGUGACUUGCCUGGCGUGGCCUGAUGAGCAGGCCGCAUUCGGAGGGCGGGCCAGUCUGUCCGUGGAAAUGCUGCUGAUUGGCCGGCUCGAUGGUUCGCUUGGCCUCAUCGAGGUGGUCGACUCCUCCACCAUAUUCCACCAUUCGGAGCUACAGCACUGCUGCAGAAAGGAUGUGGCCGUUCUUUGCAUCGCGUGGUACUGCGAAGACAAGCCGUUUGCAGUUGGUUAUGCUGAUGGAAAAAUUUUGAUUGGAAAGAAGGGUUCCUUUGAAAAGCCCAGCGUGAUGAUCAUUGAUGCGUAUCAAGAGGCUGUAACGCACAUUAAGUGGGAUCCCAUGGGCAAACUGCUACUUAGCUGCGCUGCCAAAGAGGAGAACGUCAAGAUAUGGGCACAUGGCGACGAGAGUGGAUGGCACUGCCGCUUUCUGUUGCCCCACCCUUCCGUUGUCAACACCGUGGCCUGGAGCAGCUUGCUUGGCAGGGGCCCAAACUCUCGGCUCAUGCUUGCAUCAGGCUGUCAGAGUGGGCUUGUGUGCGUAUGGACAAUCCCACAAAACACAGACGCUGAAGUGCCAGAGCCUCAAGAAUCAGAAACGAUAUGUGAGGAAAAGCAGAAAAUGGUGAAGGACUGGGUACACAGGAAGGAGGCGGUACAGUGUGCCUAUCGUCUGAGUGGACACAUCACAGCUGUCAAGAUGGUGGCUUUUAGUGCUGAUGGGAUGGUGCUGGCGUCGGGAGGGGUUGGCAGCCUCAUGAACAUCUGGUCUAUGCAGGAUGGGUCAGUGCUGCAGACAGUGGUGUCUGGGUCUGGAUCAAUAACAAGUAUGGUUUGGAUUCCUGAUGUUGGAGUGGCAACAUGUUCCAACCGGUCCAAGGAUGUGUUGGUGGUGAGCUGCAUGGCUGAUUGGGUGUCCAAGCACCAGGUCUUGGCUACUUGCCGCACCGCUCUGCGCAGUCAGGGUAUCGUGGGCCUUAGCGCAGCGCCCUGCAUGCGGGCCCUGCUGGAGAGGUUGCCUAUCAUGCUGCAGGAACAGUAUUUCUAUGAGAAGCUGUUUGUGGUGUCGGGAGAACAACUGGUGCAUAGUGCCUAUAUGCAGUGCCUGGCUUCGUUGGCCGUUGGGCUCAACUUGGAGGUAGUUCUGUGCCGUCCACCGCUUCCUCCCCACCACCGGAGCGUGACUCUGGGUGCCACCCCAGUGGAGGUGGGUGGCAACUGGAACCCCUUGGAGUGGACCUGGUUGGCCUCCUUUUCCACCACGGUGAAGACAGCCGAAGCGCUGGCACGGAGCUCUGCGUUCCCCGAAACGUUUGUGGUUCCCGAGUUGGAGCACCUACCACCUGAGGAGCAGCUCCAGCCACAGGACAACACUAAAUGGAAUGCAUCAAUGGAUGAGCAGAUAAUGGCAUGGGCUACAGCCAAACCAGAGGACUGGCAGCUGGGCGGGAAGUGCGAAGCGUACAUGUGGGGCGGGGGCCGUCACGGCCAGCUGGCAGAGGCCGGCCGGAGUGUUCUGACACCGACCCUCACGCCCUCCUUCUCGCAGGCACAACAGGUUGUGUGUGGGCAGAACUGCACAUUUGUUGUACAAGCCAAUGGUUCUGUGAUGGCCUGUGGAGAAGGCAGUUAUGGACGACUAGGACAAGGAAAUUCUGAUGAUCUGCACACUUUAACAGUCAUCUCAGCUCUGCAAGGGUUUGUGGUGACUCAGCUGUCAACAUCGUGUGGCUCCGAUGGCCACUCCAUGGCCCUGACAGAGAGUGGAGAGGUCUUCAGCUGGGGCGAUGGUGAUUAUGGGAAACUGGGCCACGGCAAUAGUGACCGUCAACGGCGACCCCGUCAGAUCGAGGCCCUCCAGGGAGAGGAGGUUGUCCAGCUCUCCUGUGGUUUCAAGCACUCUGCUGUGGUCACAGCUGACGGAAAGUUGUUCACGUUCGGAAACGGUGAUUAUGGCCGACUUGGCCACGGCAAUACAUCCAACAAGAAGCUGCCCGAGAAGGUGACCAGCCUCGACGGACAACAGGUUGGGCAGGUGGCAUGUGGCUUAAAUCAUACCCUGGUUGUUUCAAAUGAUGGCAUGACUGUCUGGGCUUUUGGUGAUGGAGACUAUGGGAAGCUUGGUUUGGGGAACUCCACUGCAAAGUCUUCACCGCAGAAAGUGGAUGCCCUAUGUUUUAUUGGAAUGAAAAAGGUUUGCUGUGGGACCCAGUUCUCUGUUGCCCUUACAAAGGAUGGGCGAGUCUUCACCUUUGGCCAAGACCGCCUGAUCGGGCUACCAGAGGGGAGGGCCAGAAAUCACAACAGGCCUCAGCAAGUGCCAGCGUUGGCAGGCAUCUUUGUGGAGGACGUGGCCGUGGGUGCUGAGCACACACUCGUUCUGGCUUCGACAGGGGACGUCUACGCCUGGGGGAGCAACUCGGAGGGGCAGCUCGGACUGGGACACACAAACCCCGUGCGUGAGCCAACACUGGUGACCGCACUGCAGGGAAAGAAUGCUCGGCAGAUUGCAGCCGGGCGCUGCCACAGUGCAGCAUGGACAUCGCCUCCUGUCUGUCCCAGAGCUCCAGGAACGCCCGUGGCCCUGCAGUUGGGGCAACCAGAGUGUGUGCCGCCUCAGUACAACUCUCUGCGGGAGUGCAGCGUCGAGGCCAUCCGUGCUCGCCUGCGCGUUCUCUACCACUUCUCAGACCUCAUGUACACUUCGUGGAGGCUCAUCAACCUCUCGCCCAAUAUUCAGUUCAACACAUCGCGGUACAACGCCGGUGCAUGGGGGAUAGUGCAGGGUCAGCUGAGGCCGUUACUGGCACCCCGCGUCUACACCCUGCCCAUGGUUCGCUCCAUUGGCAAGACCAUGGUGCAGGGCAAGAACUAUGGGCCACAGAUCACAGUCAAGCGCAUCUCUACCAGGGGACGGAAGUGCAAGCCCAUCUUUGUACAGAUCGCUCGGCAGGUGGUGAAGUUAAGUGCGUCAGACCUGCGGCUGCCCUCGCGUGCCUGGAAGGUGAAACUGGUUGGGGAGGGAGCAGACGAUGCUGGUGGAGUAUUUGAUGACACCAUCACUGAGAUGUGCCAGGAGUUGGAGACUGGUGUUGUGGACCUUCUUAUUCCAACCCCAAACUCCGCUGCAGAAGUUGGUUACAACAGAGACAGGUUCAUAUUUAAUCCGUCGGCAAGUCUGGAUGAGCACCUUCUGCAGUUCAAAUUCUUGGGUAUCCUGAUGGGUGUGGCAAUGCGCACAAAGAAACCACUGGACCUGCACCUGGCUCCCAUGGUGUGGAAGCAGCUGUGCUCCAUCCCGCUUGGGCUGGAGGACCUCGAGGAAGUCGAUCUGCUGUACGUGCAGAGCCUUUGUAGCAUAUUGCACAUUGAGGACAGUGGCAUCACCGAGCUCAACUUCCACGAGAUGAUUCCCCUGGACUCGUUUGUGGGACGAAGUGCGGAUGGCAAAGUGGUACCAAUCGUACCGGGGGGGAAUAGUAUCCCUGUCACCUUCUCGAACCGGAAGGACUAUGUGGAGCGAGCCAUCGAGUGCAGGAUGCAUGAGAUGGACCGACAGGUUGCAGCGGUGCGCGAGGGCAUGUCCUGGAUCGUCCCCGUUCCGCUGCUGUCGCUGCUGACGGCAAAGCAACUGGAGCAGAUGGUGUGCGGAUUGCCCGAGAUCUCGGUAGAGGUAUUGCGCAAGGUGGUGCGCUACCGUGAGGUGGAUGAGCAGCACCAGCUCAUCCAGUGGCUCUGGCAGACGCUGACCGACUUCUCCAAUGAGGAGCGCGUGCUCUUCAUGCGCUUCGUGUCGGGACGCUCGCGCCUGCCUGCCAAUCUGGCUGACAUCUCGCAGCGCUUCCAGAUCAUGAAGGUCGAUCGGCCGUUUGACAGCCUCCCCACCUCGCAGACCUGCUUCUUCCAGCUGCGCCUGCCUCCCUACUCUAGCCAGAUCGUCAUGGCCGAGCGGCUGCGUUACGCCAUCAACAACUGCAAGUCCAUCGACAUGGACAACUACAUGCUCUCACGCAACGCUGACAAUGCCGAUGGCUCCGACACGGACUACUGAGCGUAAAGAGACGCAUCCCCCCCCCCUGGGCCGGUGGCGCUUUUCUGCAAAGCAACCAGCUCCUACCCUUUCUACAAUUCUUACGUUUGUUGCAUUAUAUCCACAGACUACUGAUGUUUGGACUGUGUUGUCUAUCCACCCAUCCACCAUGCUGGCUCAACAUUAACAGUAUAAAGUGAUUAAGGUAAAUGUCCACCUGUGUCACUUGUUAAUUUUUAGCAGCAGCCUUCUGGGGGGGGGGGGGUUUCUAUUGUUUUUAUUUUCAUUGCAACCACCUUUGUAUGGAAUUAUAGAUCUUUGUACAUGUAAAGUGUUUUAAACAAAAUGUGUACUCCGAUCGUAACGAAAGAGGUGAAUAACCUUGCGUUAAAUAUUUUCCCUUAUGACCGUGGAUUUGUGUCUUGUGUUCUUUCAGACAUUUGCAUUGUGUUUUUUUUAUGAAUGCUAUGCUGUGCAUAUAAUGAGUCACUUGUUUAUUGCUUCUAAAUCAGAAAAAAAACAGUGACUCUGAGCCUGGUGAUGGUGCUGUACUAUACCAUUGUGCAUAUUCACGUGAAGUGCACGUGUCAUUUCCAACAAAAGAAACUGAGCCACUUAUUUUUAAGUUUAUUCAUUUUUAUUUACGCAUGGAAAACACAAUCUAUAUUGGAAGUCGUCUUAAUUGCACAAUUAACAUUCUAACUUUAUACCGAGGUUCGUGUCAUUGAGAAACAAGAUUACUCUUGGAAAGUGCUGAUGGAUAAUGAUAGUAUUAAGUAUUUAAAGUAAUAUAAAGUUUAGCGACUUAUUCACCACACAAUUAUAGAGCGUAAAAAGUACAAAGAUUUGGAAGUCAAAGGUGCAUUACAAUUUUUUUUUACUGUAAAUGUUAUUUUUAGACAAGCAUGUCACUUUUCGCAGUGGCUUCCCUUUCACGAAUUAAUUUUCCAUGAGAUAUGUACAUUUGUGUAUGAAAACAUCGAAAGCAGGGAGGACAAUUUGACAUUUAUUUUUAAAAUAUUUAUUUCAAUCUUCCAUUCUUCUGUUUGUCACCCAUCACAAAAGCUGGGCGUGUGAUUUAUGCCAAACGGACACAAUAAAUGCAGCAUUCAUUA